AACUUAUGUAGGUGUACUUGGGCUGAACGGUCACACAGAGCUGGCUUGUAUCGCUCAACAUUACAUCGACUUAUGAGUUAAUUCGCUUGCAAUUCUUAUGGAAAAAGGGCUUAUAUCGCUGGGCAAUCGUGUCAUUAGGGUCGGUUAAUUAACACUUUUAAUGUUUAAGCCUAUGGUGGCAAGUGCGAAUCUUCUUUCCUUUCAUCACCAUUUCCUUUCCUCCAAACAAAACACCUCAGUAUGCGUAUCACAAGGAAAUUCACUUUGCAAUUCCUAAAACCAAAAUGUCGAGUUAUUUAUCAUGAGAGUAGUGGGCUAACAGAAAUAAGUUUAAGAGAGGGAGUUCCAUGGAGACGAUUUUUCAGCGCGGAACAAGUAAGAAUUUCUCAUAUUAGCCUGUGUAUGAUUUUAAAAAAACGUUGAUCGUCGUAACUGCACCAAUCAUAUCGAGUGAAACUUUUUCAUAGGCAGGGCAAGACUCCAGAGCCCUCCCCAUAGUCCAUCACAAGAAGUAUGCAUGCGACUUGGCACCAAACCAUAGAUUCCCAAUGAGAAAAUUUCCCAAGAUUCUCCAGAUCCUUCUGAAGGAUAACGUAAUUUCAGACAACCAGGUCUGGGCCCCAACAUUAGUUUCUGAGAAACUGUUAGGACUUGUGCAUACAGAGGACUACCUUAGCAAAUUCAUAAAUGGGAAAACUGAUGAAAAGGAGCAAAAGCGAACAGGCUUUCUCUGGAGUCAGGGCAUAGUGCAACGCUGCAGGUAUGAAGUGGGGGGCACACUCUUGGCAGCUGAACUAGCACUGAACAGAGGGCUGGCUUGCAGCACAGCAGGAGGGACCCACCAUGCUUUUCCCAGCUAUGGCUCUGGCUUUUGCCUCCUCAAUGACCUGGCCGUGGCAGCACGCUCUUUGAUUGCAGGCUCUGGAAAGAAGAAGGUUCUCAUCGUGGACUUGGAUGUGCAUCAGGGUGAUGGUACAGCAUAUAUAUUUAAAAACGAACCCAAUGUUUUCACAUUCUCUGCGCACUCUGGCAAAAAUUUCCCACUGCGGAAAGAGAACAGUGACCUGGACAUCAGUAUAGAGGAUGGUGUGGAAGAUAAAGAGUAUCAUUCAAUAGUUCAGACACAUAUACCUUGGUUGCUGGACACCUUUCGGCCUGACCUUGUUCUCUAUGAUGCUGGAGUUGAUCCUCAUUGGGAUGAUGAACUAGGACGACUUCGAUUGACAGACCAGGGUCUUUACCACAGGGACCUGUAUGUCAUCAAGAUGGCGAUUGGGAGAGGAAUACCUAUAGCCACUGUUAUUGGUGGAGGUUAUUCAAGGGACAUCGACAAACUAGCACUCCGCCACUCAAUUGUCCACAGGGCCGCAACAAAGGUCUGGAAUGAAUAUGGGCUGUGACGAGUUUCACCGUGUCAAGCAAAGAAGACACCAUCAGCACUCUGUUAUUGCAGGCAAAACAAGAACAUGUUCUUGCUUAAUUUAGAAACUCUUCUCUAAUGAUAAAUGACCCUGCAGAAAAAAAACCCAGCCUGACCAGCUUAAGGUGGUUUGCUGGUUGACCUGCUUGUUAGACCACCUAUGAUGGUUGACCAGCUAAAUCACUAAAUCAGCAAAACUCUUGCGAAAACAUACCUUCAGCUGGUACAUACAGUACGUUGCGGAAACAUACCUUCUUACGAUGGUAAUUCAGCUGAUUUUGCUUGACCAGCUCCCUCAGAUGGUCACGUCGGCAUGUCCACCUGGUGGCCUAACCAGCUACAGCAGCAAAGACCAGCUAAAACCAGCUACCAACACAAGCUGGUUUCUUGCUGUUUUUUUCAGUAGGGAUGUGUAAACCAUGUUUGUUUUCAUAAUUGAAAAUUAUACUGCCAUUUUCGUCAGAAUUGACUGCAAAGGUCAAAUUUUUCUAGUCUAAUAGUUUGUCUGUUUUACACAUGUAAUUUAAUGUAAUUAUUCAAACUUAUCAAGAUUGAUGGU